AUGUUUGGUUUCCGGAAAACACUCGACAUUGUGACGCUGUUCCACAAGGCCAGCUCGCCCGCAUCCAUGCGCGUCGUCAGCCUUCUCAAGCAGGCGUCGGCGCAUGCCUCGGAGACGGCCACCGAGGACCAGGCCAGCGACCACCGUCCGCAGACCGAGCAGGCCGCCGCCUCGCGCCGCGAGCCGUUUGACCUCAACAUCACGGAGGACCCGCCGACCACGGACCAGCUGCAGACCAUCCUCGAGUACGUCGGCACCGCCGGCAUCCCGGCGAUUGUCAAGGGCGCCAAGUCGCAGACCGAGGCACUGCGCAAGUUCCGCGAGAGCCACGACAACUUCCAGCGGCCCGUGGUGGUCGACUGGAACAAUGGCAAGGCCGUGGCCGGCGACAAGGAGUCGGAGAUCCUGAAGCUUCUCAAUGCGAGCAAGCAGGAGGAAUAA